AUGGCAAUUGAGACCACUGAGAUCCCUGCUAGUGUUGGUACCACAAACACAACUGCACCUACUGAUUCCACUCGUAUCUUGUUUCAUCCUGAUGAUUAUACGCAUCCAUGUCAUCCUUUAUAUGUGCAUCCAUUUGAUUUGUUAGCCUCAUCUCUUGUGUCUGAACUAUUUGAUGGAACAUGCUAUGGGAGUUGGCGUAGGUCGAUUUUAAUCGCUUUAUCAGUUAGAAAUAAGCUUGACUUUAUUCAUGGUACUUCUGAGAGACCUGCUGAAGGUUCUCCUCUACUGAGACAAUGGCAGCGCUGCAAUGAUUUAGUUGUUGCUUGGCUAGUCAAUUCUGUAACUAAGGAAAUACAAAGGUCUGUUGUCUAUUCUGAAUUUGCUAAGGACAUUUGGAGAGAACUUGAGGAUAGAUAUGGUAAGGCUGAUGGGGCAAGAGUGUUCGAACUAAAGAAGAGCUUAGCUCAUAUUUCCCAGCGGUCCCUAGAUAUUGCCUCUUAUUUCACCAAAAUUAAGCAGUUAUGGGAUGAAUUAGCUUCUAUCUCAAUUCACUCUGCUAACAACUGCAGCUGCAUUGGUGGUGCCAAAUCUGAGGAGGAACAAAGGGUAUACUAG